ACCAGGUAAAGUGGGCGGGGUUUUUGAGACGUCACCCAAUCAGCGCCACGUCCGCGUCAACAGCCUUGAACGUUCACCAGACUGAAGAAGCCCUGUGGCUGACUGUCGAAACUUAGAAAGUCAACUUGCCAUGGGCCGCCGUCCAGAGUAACGUCUGUGUCUUUUUGUUUGUAUGUUUGUUUGUUUUUUUGACUGUAAACAAAAACGCCAUGACGCUGGUGGACGAUCGGCUCUGGUCGCUGUUUAAGCUCCACUGGCCGCAGACUCUCACCUACUGGAGCGUUUUCUUUAGCUUCGGACUCUGUAUCGCCUUUCUGGGUCCCACCAUCCUGGACCUGAGGUGUCAGACCCAGUCCAGUCUGCAGCAGAUCAUCUGGGUCUUCUUCUUCCAGCAGUUCUUCCUGCUGGUCGGCAGCGGCCUGGGAGGUCUCUUCAAGAAAACGCUCCUGUCGUGUCUCUCAGCUCUCUUCUCCUGCACUCUCACCAUCUCCAUCGUCUUCACCAUCAUACCCCUGUGUCAUGACGUGAUGCUGUUGUCCAUCGCCAUGGCGGUCAUUGGCGUUGCCAUGGGGAUCAUUGACACCAUCUCCAACCUGCAGCUGGUGAAGCUGUUCCAGAAGGACUCCAACAUCUUCCUGCAGACCCUACAUUUCUUCAUCGGUCUGGGGGCACUGGUCAGCCCCCUGGUGGCCGAUCCUUUCCUCUCUGACGAUAACUGCAUAGUGAUGGCUAACCGGACGGGUAACGCUUCAUCUUCUGACAUGGAGCACCUGCGCAGCACCCUCUCUGGACACAGCACAGGACUGCACAACAUGUCCAUGUACCCUCUGCACACCGAAGGCCUGAUAAACACCAACGUGUCCUACGCCUUCUGGAUCAUGGCUCUCAUCAAUCUGCCUGUUCCAGCUGCAGUACUGGUACUGAUGUACCAUGAGAGACUGCUGCCCUGCUGCAGGAACAGUCCACGUCUGACGGAGACUGACAGAGACUCACUGGCCAGCACAAGCAACAACACAGACAGUGGCCAAGGACAACACAGUGUGUUUGGCUGCUGUAGCCCUGACAAACUCAGGGGUCAGCCCGCCACAUUCUUCGUUCUGCAUGUGCUGGGUGGAGCCAUUCUGUUCAUCACCGAUGGGAUCAUUGGCUCCUACUCUGGGUUCGUCUACACCUACGCAGUUUCUCCUCCUUUACUCAUGGCUCACAGAACUGCUGGGUAUUUGGAGAGCGUCUUUUGGGCUGCCAUCACUUUAGGAAGACUGGUCUUCAUUUGUCUGUCCUGUAAAUACACGGCACCCGUCCUGCUCAUCUUCACCCUGAUGGGGAUAGUCGCGGUCCAGUGUUUCCUGAUGAUUUUUUAUACAAGUCCUGUGUUCCUCUUUUUCGGCACCUUUCUGUUAGGACUCUUCAUCAGUGGUGUGUUUCCCUCCAUGCUGGCCUACACCGAGGACUUACUGGACUACAAAGGUUGUGCAACAACCGUCCUGGUGACCAGUGCCAGCACAGGAGAGAUGCUGCUGCAGCUGCUUGUAGGAUCGCUGAUCCAGAGCCAGGGAAGCUACAACUUCCUGUUGUUGUGCACCAUCGCCUCGUUGAUCGGCUUCUGCCUUUUCAUGCUGCUGCUUUACAUCCAGCACCGACACAGAAAACACACAGCAGAAGGUUCACCUGAAAACAUGAAGAUUAAAGAGAAGUCGUCGACAGCAUACUCCGAGGACCAGAAGACAUGAGGACGCUCCCCAAAUAAACUGACCCCCCCCCAACCAUCCCCUACCCUAUAGAUAUCUAUCUUGUCAUGUCCAAAGACCAAGUCAGCUCUCUCUGACGAGCCACACGUCACAGGUGUAAAACAAGGUCGUUAACUAUACGUUUUUAUUGUCUUUACUUUUUAUAAACCUUUACCGUCAAAGCAGCAUCAGCUCCUGUAGACACAGUUGUAGAAUGUUCUACAGAGAGUUCUCCUCAGCUGUCGCACCAAACGGGACAACGAUGGUCACCCACAUGGUCGUUAGGUUAAACACACUCAGCUGUAGGAAGGUUUCAAAGUGGAUGAGGAACACACACACACACUCACACACACACUCACACACACACACACUCACAGAUACACUCACAUGCACACGUGCUGCUAAUAGACAGUGUCCUGUCACUGAGCAAAGAAGAAGACGACAGGAAGUUCAUUAAAAAACAAAGGUUUAUGACAUUGGAGAUUCUGUUGAAGACUGGAGUUCAUGAUGUGAUGUUUUGGAGAACAAAGCCAGCUGGUCGUGGACAUGGUGGUGACCAGCACCGCUCUCAGCUCAGAGGUGGACCCAGGAUGAACCACCAAGCUGCUGAAGAACUCUGACCUGACCUGGUUCGACUAGAAAACCUGAGUCCUAAACCAAACCUUCCGUUAGAUCGGGUCCAUGGAGAGGUGAGUUCCCUCCAGAACCCUACGGCACCUACAAGAAUUGAUGUUGACUUAAAGGAAAAUCCUGGUGACAAAAUAUAAUAUUGUAUAUUUUGUAUAUCAGUUUGACUUGGACUUCUGUCCGUUCACAUGGCACUUUAUUCUUUACUAAAUGAUUUAUGCGUGUGUGUAUAGUAUGUAGAAGAGUGUGUGCGGGCAUUCUGUGGCUUCCUGGUGGUGGUCUGGUCCAGUCAGAGUCUCGACUGAUGAUUUCAUUGGUUGCUAAUGUCAAUCCAUGUCUCCAUUCUCAUUAGGUGUGAGUGAAUGGGAGGUUUUGUGACCUCAUUGAGGAGGAGGAGAUGUCCGGGGAAUUCUUUUUUUGACACUUUAAAUAUGUCAACUAUAAACAAUUAAAUUUAAAAAAUUCUGUACUGGUUAAAAUCUGAUUUUGUUUCCUUCUUGUGUGUAUAUAUAUAUACACAUACAUAUUUGUGUAUAUAUAUAUAUACAUACAUAUGUAUAAAUAUAACAAAUCUAAGUGAAAGCAAUAGUCUCAGUGAAAGUGUCUGUAGAAUUGGUCUUGUGGAGACUUUUCAUUUAGUCCAGUCAUUGUCCUCAACAUCAAUAUUAUUGUAUGUGUGUAUAUAUAUAUAUAUAUAUACACGUGUCUCCAACCCUUUUGAAACUAAGAGCUACAUUCAAGGGUACUCAGUAAUACGAAGAGCUACUUGUUUAAUACAGACAUUAGUAGACACUCUUCUUACCAUUGUUAUUGGAUCCAUUUAUACAUCGUUGCAGGUGUAACUGAAUGAAAAAGCACAGUUUUGUUGAAUAGUUUUAUUUUUAAAACAUACCCCCGGGGGCACCUUAGGUAGUACAUGGGGGCUACCUAAGGUGCCCCCGGGCACCAUGUUGGCCACCCCAUAUAUAUAAUAUAUACAUAUUUAUAUAUUCACAUAUGUACACACAUAUAUAGUUUAAAAAGAAAUUCUCCACGUUCUACAAGACCAACUCUACGAAGAGACAAUUUCACUGAGAUUUUUUAUUUUAUUUUAAAUCCCUCAUCAAAACAAUGUUUAAACUGGAGGAUUAAAAACCAAUCGAAACCA